AUAGCGCUGUAGAAGAAGAAGGAUCGCUCUUCGCGAAAAGCCUGAAACUGAUCCCAGUAAAGUCAGUAGGAGCGUAGAAGAGCACAUUCGUAUACACAUUACACAAGCGAACCAUGAAGAACGAAGGCAUAGACGGGACGGAGCGGUUCCUUAGCCCGGACAGGGGCCGGGGUCUCCGUGCGUUGAGGCACUUCGCGGUGGGAGAGCUGGUGUUCGCCUGCCCAGCUUACUCGUACGUGCUGACCGAGACCGAGAGAGGAGCGCACUGCGACCACUGUUUCACCAGGAAAGAAGACCUUUUUAAAUGUGGGAAAUGUAAACAGGCCUACUAUUGCAACAUUGACUGUCAGAGAGGGGAUUGGCCCAUGCAUAAGCUGGAGUGUGUUGCCAUGUGUUCCUAUGGAGAAAAUUGGUGUCCCUCAGAGACUGUCAGAUUGGUAGCCAGAAUCAUCAUGAAACAGAAAGUCACAACAGAGCGCACGCCGUCAGAAAGACUACUAAUGCUCAAAGAGUUUGAAGCACAUUUAGACAAAAUGGACAGCCAGAAGGACGAAAUAAACCAGACAGACAUCGCUGCUCUGCACCACUUCUACACCAAACACAUCAGCAACAUCCCGGAUGACCAGGCUCUCACUGAGCUCUUUGCACAGGUUAAUUGCAAUGGUUUCACAAUAGAGGAUGAGGAACUCUCACAUUUGGGAUCAGCAGUUUUUCCUGAUGUAGCACUGAUGAACCAUAGCUGCAGUCCAAAUGUCAUUGUGACCUACAAAGGCACAGUCGCAGAAGUAAGAGCAGUGAAGGAAAUCAGCCCUGGAGAGGAGGUCUUUAACAGUUACAUUGACUUGCUCUACCCCACAGAAGACCGCAAAGAACGGUUGUUAGAUUCCUACUUUUUCACUUGCCAGUGUACAGAGUGCACCACCAAGUCAAAGGACAAAGAAAAGAUGGAAAUCCGGAACCUGAGCUCCAGAGGACCUGAGCCAGAGGAAAUCCUAGCUAUGGUUCGAUAUGCCAAGAAUGUAAUUGAGGAAUUCAGAAGAGCUAAACAUUACAAGAGCCCGAGCGAGCUGCUUGAGAUGUGUGAACUGAGCCAGGAGAAGAUGGGCACCAUAUUUGGAGACACUAACGUCUACAUGCUGCACAUGAUGUAUCAGGCCAUGGGCGUCUGUCUCUACAUGCAGGACUGGGACGGAGCCAUGAGCUACGGAGAGAAGAUCAUAAAGCCAUACAGUGUGCACUACCCGGCCUACUCUCUCAAUGUGGCGUCCAUGUAUCUGAAGCUGGGCCGCCUGUAUUUGGGGCUGGAGAAGAAGACACAAGGAGUCAAAGCGCUGAAGAAGGCGCUCGCCGUCAUGGAGGUGGCCCAUGGGAAAGAUCACCAUUAUGUUGCAGAAGUCGAAAGGGAAAUUGAGGAACAAAAAUAAAAAGAAAAGGCCAUCAAGAAAUAAGGAGAUGAAAGCACACACCCUGACUGCAUGGCAUGUGUCGUUUUUUUCUAUUGUCUUUCAUCCGCCUCUAAUGGAAGGAUUUUCUAUCAUCUCUUCAAAGUUUGGCUGAAAUGACGACAAGCACCUUCAUCAGCUGUCUUUUCACUGGCAUGCUUAAAAUGAGAAGCGUUUCAAAAGGUUUGUUUUUUGGUCUGUUACGGGACAUUUCUUUGUCUCAAAUUCAAAAUCAUAAUGAGAGGAUUUUGACUUUGCCUUUACAAGAGGCAUUUUGGAUCGAAACACGCUUCUUGUCUUGACUGAACUUUAUGCACUGCAGAUUUUUCUUGUGAGUGAAAUCAUUGGCUGAAACAUGUUCAAACUGCAGCAGAUAUGUGAAUCUGUUAAUUAUCAGACUGAUCACACAUCAUCAGGGGCUCUGUAGCAACAGAAGAGAAAAUGCAAACAACUGUUCCUAUGCCACUAAGUGAUUGGCUUGUGUCUGUCAUGUUUGACUGAAGUUAAAAAGAAAGACGCAUGUUU